AAUUACUUUUCCAUUAUAUUCUAUUUUUCUUUUAGAUGCACCUGCAUAGUGGCAAUGAAAUCUACAACCAAGAUAUUUAAAAUUUCAAUUUGAUACAUGUUGGUGGUACAAUGGCACAGUGGGUAGCGUUGCCGGCUCACAACUCUAGAGUCCCAAGUUGUGAGCCCAGGUUACUGUUUCAGUGCAUGUUCUUGUGUCCUCCCACCUCCCAAAAACAUGCUGCUGGGUGGGCUUACUUCUCUAAACUGCCCCUAGGUGUGAAAGAGUCUGUGAAUGUGUGUACCCUUAACCAUGUGUCCUCACCUCAUGUGUUCCUGGGGUACAUUACAGAUCCGCCAUGACCCUUGCCAUGACACGGAUCUUACUGUAGAUCUAUUUUGAAUGUUUCAGAAGCAGUUAUCCUGAAUUAGAUUCCUUAACUGACUUUCCUCAACUAAAAAUGAAUCUCUUCCCUAUAGGGUGCAUCAUCUUCCUUUCCUAGUUAAUUUUAUUCAUACCACAUUGCACAUUCUCAGGAUUGUUUCCAUGGUAACCUGGAGGACAAGAGAGGAGUUGAAAAUAUAUCUGCAUUGCAAUAUCUCUAUUUCCAGACUUUUCAUAACUGGAAAACUUUCUUUGACACGGAACAAUGCUUUUCCCAUACUGAGGAUAAAAGUGUGGGGGAGUGGCAGUGCUUGCUGUCAGACUCAAAAGUUUUUUGUAUCCUGGUUUUUCAAAUGGAUCACUCAAUGUGCUUAGUUUUGCAUUCCAUCUCAUUUUUCCGAGGCAUCGCAUUAUCCUUCUGCCUGAGUUUUCAAUUGACACAGACUGGGUGGAAGCGGCCUGCAUCCAGCCUUGUUCCAUCCAAAAUCCCCUUGGCAUGAGUCUCCACUGGUGCUCCAGCCAAUUUACAAGAGGCUUUGGUCAAAACCAUUCGAACAAAGUCUGUGGAAUAUCUUUCAAUAGGUGUUUGUAGAUGGGCAUCAGUGAUAUUCAAAGCCCUGAAAGUAAUCUAUGGUUCUGUUUAUGAUUGAUCCAUGGGAGGGUUUAGAAGCUUUGCAUCAGUGCAAGUUAGGGCAGAGGAGCAAGAAGCCACCCAAAUACUUACUCUCAUCAUUGGAUAAAGACCAGUCUGUGGGUGUGUAGCUGGCAGGUAUCUGAAAAUCCAACCAUAAAUAUGAGCUGUGGUAAGGGGCAAGAGCUGUAUAUCCAUAGACGUAACUGUCAACCAAGACCACUGAGAUAAGAUAAUGGACAUGCUAAUUCAGAGCCCUUGGUUUCGCCUGUCCCUUUUCCCCAGAUUCUUCCCACUGCGGAUCUUUGACCAGCACUUUUGGGAUCAGUGGGACAGUGAAUUUUUUGCACCUUUCCACUCCCUGUUUUACUACCAACCUUAUAUCAGCUGUCAUCGAAGUUGGUGGGACACUGGCAUGUCAGAGGUAAAAAAAGGUAAAGACCACUUUGUAAUUAACUUGGAUGUGAAGCACUUCAACCCUGAAGAGCUGUCAGUCAAGAUCAGUGAUGAGUAUGUAAAUAUUUGUGGAAAACAUAAGGAGCGAGAGGACGAGCAAGGAUAUGUGGCAAGGGAGUUUUUCAGGAAGUAUAAGGUGCCAGCAGGAGUCGAUUCAAAGACCUUCACCUCCUGUCUGACAUCUGAUGGUGUACUGAGUAUCUGUGCUCCCCAGAACCUGCAGGAUCUUGCUGUGUGCAGCAUUCCCAUUACCUGUGAGGAGAAGGUUUCUGCACCAAAGUAAACCCCUGUCCAGAGGCUUGGAUCUCGUCUCAUUUACAUACUGCUUCUCUUACUGUUCAUCGUUCUAAUGGUUCACUUCUUCUGAAGCUACAGCCUAUACAAACAUACAUACACAUUUCAAAUAGAACUGACCUUAGCUUUCACUGGAAGAUAUUUAAUCCCCAAAUGCAAUUUAAUUGAAACCAUGUCGCUUUACAAUUCAAAUAAACAAUUCAGUGAAAAUAUGAAAGGCAAAAAAAAUCUUAGAGUGGUGAUUGCCAGAGUGCUUUGGACCCAACAUGUGGAAAUUACUGUAGUGUUCAAAGUAGUAUAGAGGCUUUGUAGAUUUGUAUGUCAGUCAAUUACAGUGUUUAAUGGCACUGCAGCACGAGCAACACUAUGCUCUUUAACUAAAUCAGUUCAAGUAAGGUCAGUUCUUGUACAAGCUAAAGGCAUAACUCUCAAAAACAAACGAGCUCUUUCAUGGGCUUUAUGGGUUUGGACUGCAAGCUGGUAAUCAGUGAUUCAUAUUUGUCUCUGCUGCCAUGCAUUGUAACCUUUAUGCUUUCUUUUCCACCAAAUGUCACAUAUUAAAACUAACUGGUAAUAGUAACAGUGUCAGUAGCUAACCAUAGCAUGUCUGUUAUUAAAAUAACAGGGAUCUGAAAAUGGCUGUGUUUGCUUGAAUGAUACUCUUGCAGACAUUUAAAUUUUCUUCCAUGCUUCCCUUACAUUAGCACAAUACUUGAGCCAAUGUUUUCAUUUCAAUAGUUUAUUCAUAUCACAUUACAUAAGCUAUAAUGUAUUCUAUAAUAUUUAACAAAAAUAAUUAAAUAAAUGGUUGUAGAUGACUGCACAGUGUAGCUGUUUGGCAUUCAAGCUCUAAUUAAUGCUCUAAUUAAUGAUUUUAUUCCCCUAAAAUAUUCUUCUCUGCUUUACUACUUUGUAUGCAAAAGGGAAAGUGUAUUUUUCAAAAUAUUAGCUACA